AUGCGCAGAGAAGAGCAAGAGUACGAGUAUUUAUAUAAGAUAGUUCUUAUUGGGGACAGCAGCGUGGGAAAGACCAAUCUUUUAGAAAGGCUGGCGCACAACAGGUUCAACACAAACACAAAGUCAACUAUUGGUGUAGAAUUUGACACUAAGUGCUUUGUCGUGAAUGGAAAAAAGAUAAAGGCACAGAUAUGGGAUACUGCAGGGCAGGAGAGAUACAGGGCAAUCACAUCGGCGUAUUACAGAGGGGCUGUGGGCGCCAUUGUGGUGUAUGAUAUAACCCGGAAAGAGUCUUUUGACAAUGCAAGAACUGAGUGGAUAAAGCAGCUGAAAGACAACUCAGAAAGCGGCCUAGUGAUUUCCUUGGUAGGAAACAAAACAGAUCUGGAAGAGAAAAGGCAGGUUUCACAGCAGGAGGCAAGAGAGGCUGCCCAAAUAGGAGACUAUCUGCUUACAGAAACGUCUGCUCUUUCUGAUGUGAAUGUCCAGGAGGCGUUUGAAGCUCUUAUAAAGAAAAUCUACCAAACUCGCACAGCAGAAAGAAAUAACGGGCCCAAGCCUAGCAUUAUAAAUCUAGAAGACGAUUCUUCAAUGAAGGCCUCUAGCAGUUGGUGCUGCUAA